AUGGAGGUCGUCGCUGAAGAUGUUACUCUUUGGAAGGCAGCUUCGGCUUCUCCGUUGAGUACGCUUCGACGGGAAGGUCUUACUCCGCCUUCAACUCCGCCCCACUCUUGGUGGCAAACUUCAAGGCCACCAUCUGCUGCGAGCGUCGAGUGGUUCGAUGGUGAGGCUGCCCGGCCGCCGUCUCGGAAUGUCGUGCGGUACCCUGCGCAACGCGUUUAUGGCAGUGAAGGUGGACUUUGUGGUAGCUUGCUGGGAGGACCCAGGGAUCCUUGCGCGAGCACAGUCGUCGGUGCUACGAAGGAGAGAAACCUAUGGGCAGAGCCGAAGCGGGCCGCAAAGGCAAUGCUGGGCACGAAGCGCUUUGUGCCCAUCCGACUUGAUGGAACCAUGGACCCAGCGUCGCGCGAUGGCUACCGCCUGGUGCCGAACACCGAUGCACCGGUGGAACGCCCAACGAACGGCCCGGGCAAUCCAGGCGAGCGGGCGGCCCGAUCGCAGCAACCGACAGGCCAAUCGAGCAGCCGCCCACGGUUGGACUUUGCUCUUGAGGAUCCGGGGAAGCAAUGGAUUGCGGAGAAAGCUUUGAGAGUGAUGCGACACGACUCUGCAGGUUUUGCCACAGUGGAUGCCACCUCUGUCUAUGGUGCGGCACUGGCUCUUCCGCAGCUGGCAAGAAGUGCCGGAUGGACUAUCUCGUACACUGGCCUGGCCUUGCGCGGUCUGCUCUUCAUGAUCAUGAACAACCUCCUGCAAGGCUUUCUCCUGUACAUGAUCAGCAAGGAAGAGAGAAUUAUCAACAAAUUCGGAAGUCAAAUGUUCCUUUGCGAUUUUGCCGCGCAUCACCAGAACUGCCCUCAUGGAUCGAACUGCGUGGGACCAGGAGGAACGGAAAUCACUCCGUCGCGGCUCUACGACUUCGACCUCUGGUCAACAAGGACCUUCGUCAGGGACUCCUUCAAGCUGCUUUUUCCAGAGAAGGAGCAUGAGAUCAUGGAGAAAAUUGAUCCAGGAGAAUAUGGGGUGGAGUCCUACUACUUGCGGACGGUGUGUUGCUUUCUUUUCGUCCUGGGUCUGUGGCAUGACCUCGCCGGCUCCUGGGAUAUGCUGGACCUGCUCUGGUGCGUCCCUGCAGACUCCGAGAGGUGGAUCGUGCCCACAGCAGGGCAGAAGCCGCAGGAAGAAGAAAUCGGAGUCAGCCAAGCUUACACCGAUGCUGCUCUUCAUGAGAUGAUUGAGUUGGACUUUGUCCAGUUUCGUGUAGCCGGCAUGCCGCUGCAUUGGAAGCUCUUCAAUUUGUUCUGCUUGCUGUGUCCCAAGAUUUAUCUCUGGCUGCUAACCGUCGACAUCGGGAUCGUGUUCUUGAUGGAGACGUCCGAAAUUGAAGAUAUGAUCAUCAAUUGCGUUGCUCUUGGAUUUAUUUUGCAAAUCGAUGAGCUAAUGAUGGGCAUCAUGCCCCCCGAGUGUACAAAGAUGCUGGAGGUUCUGAAAGGCUAUGCCAAAGAGAACCGGCCGCAGACCCACUUACCAGAGGAGGAAGAGUGCCGCCGGCACCAGCUUGCCAGGAACUGGCAUUGCUGGACGCCGGCUCUCUGGGCCGCCUUGAUCCCUCGGCGGCUGCUUGGGAUGCUGGCCGUGACCUCCUUCUUCGUCUUCAAGUACUACGUAGAGCACUGUGUUCACCUCGAUGAUGGGAGUUGGGUCUCCAAGCCCCUCAGACUGCCGAAAGAAAGCAGUCUCUCCAUUCUCAGCUUCGUUUUCGGGCCUUUGCCCAUGCUCUUCCCGAUUGACGCGGAAGACCAGCCGAUCUGGGAGAUGCCAGACCUACAAAAUGGAUGA